GCCUGCUCUUAGUUGGAAAAAAAAGUGAACAGUUUAAAGAGGAAACGCCGCCAAAGCAUUUGCAGCAGCUAAAAGGGACGCUGUUUUUCUACAAUUCUUUGCCGGAGUUGUGAUUCUAAUCAAUGGAAAUAAUUUGCCCAAUUGAUGCACAAUACUCAGAACAGAUUGCCGCACUUCUCAAGCCGCCACCUCCACUAGAAGUCCAGAAGUAUUUUGAAGAGCUUUUAGCCACUAGACAAUGCGAUGGCAUCAAAGUUAAACCUACUCCACGUCAUGGAAAAGGGGUUUAUGCUGAGACGGAUUUCAAAGAAGAGGACCUUGUCUUGAAGGAUCAAAUGCUUGCUGGUGCCCAACAUCCUUCAAAUAAGGUAGACUGCUUGGUAUGUAGUUAUUGUUUCUGCUUUGUUGGGUCUAUAGAGCUUCAAAUUGGGAGGAAGCUAUAUUUAGAACAGCUGGGUGUCUCCCCUAACGAUGAGUGUCAUAUGCAAAAAGAUUGUUAUAACUCUGAUUCAUCUGUUGGUGAAGAUGAUUCUGAUGUAGAAGAUCAGCAAGUAUCUGGAGAAUGUUCUUCUAGCCCUUCAAAAGAUAAAAUUUCUCUCCCUAAGGAUGUGGUCGAGUCAUUGUUCAAUGGCGAGAUGCGACUACCAUAUUCUGAGAAAUUCUCAAUGCCUCCAAUUGUUUCUUGUCCAGGUGGAUGUAAAGAGAACUACUAUUGCAGCAAAUCUUGUGCAGAGGCUGAUUGGGAGUCUUUUCAUUCUUUGCUGUGCACGGGGGAGGGGUCAAAGUCAUUAAGCACAAAGGCGCUUCAGAAAUUUAUAGAACAUGCUAAUGAUACAAAUGACAUUUUCCUUCUUGCAGCAAAGGUUAUUUCUUUCACCAUUUUGAGACAUAAGAAGUUGAAAGAAAGUCGUCAUGAGGGAAAAGGGAAGCAGGUUAUUUCAGAAAGUAUUGAUUUUUCUUUACUGGGGGAGGCAUGGAAGCCCGUGUCCAUGGGAUACAAACGAAGGUGGUGGGAUUGUAUUGCUUUGCCAGCUGAUGUUGAUGGUUCUGAUGAAGCUUCAUUUAGAAUGCAAAUAAAGGAGCUGGCAUUAACGUCUCUGCAGCUCCUCAAGGAGGCUAUCUUUGAUGAGGAAUGCCAGCCAUUAUUCUCGCUUGAAAUAUAUGGCAAUAUCAUUGGCAUGUUUGAGCUGAAUAACCUUGAUUUGGUGGUAGAGUCACCAGUGGAGGAUUACUUUCUGUAUAUUGAUGAUCUUCCUCUCUCUGAAAAGGGAGAGGUUGAGCAAACUACAAAGCCUAUCCUGGAUGCUCUUGGUGAUGACUAUUCAAUUUGUUGUCAAGGUACUGCAUUUUUCCCCUUGCAAAGCUGUAUGAACCAUUCCUGCAGACCUAAUGCAAAAGCUUUUAAGCGAGAAGAGGAUCGAGAUGGCCAAGCAACCAUAAUUGCUCUUCAACCAAUUGCCAAAGGAGAAGAGAUAACUAUUUCAUAUAUCGACGAGGACCUUCCUUUUGAAGAGAGACAGGCAUUACUCGCAGACUAUGGUUUCAGAUGUGGAUGCUCCAAAUGUCUAGAGGAAACUUAGUUAAAGAUCAAAGGCAACUUCUUCUUGAAAAUGACCACAAUUUUGGAACAUGUAACUGAUGUACAAUAUGGAUUUAGAGGCAUAAUUUUUUAUUUCAUUAUCUUGACAGGGUGUCUGCAAUUAGAACAAUUAAUAGAGCUGCUUGUCUCACUUCA